AUGAUGAUUGUUUUUAAUCUCAACUCAAACUCUCAGUCUCAGGUUCAAAGUUUGAUCGCAAUAAAAGUGGACAAUGGAAGGGUUAAGGACCCUGUUUUUAGGUGUUGUGUUGGGCUCUUUCUGUUUGGAAACUCGUUUUCUUAUGGAGAAAGGACAAUAUGUGCCACAUAUUAUCAAAAGGGUGGUGCUCCUGCUGUUCUUGAAAAUCCAGAGUGUUCUAGCUGGGUUCUUUCCAAUAAUUUCUACCGAAACCACACGGUCAACUGUCUGUUGGCAGGAUUCACCAAUUUCGAAGAUGGCGAGAAGCAUUUCAAAGAAAGAUUUUUUUGUGAUCUUGAUUUGCAGAUUCCAUUUCUAGGUGAAAAUGGGUCUAUUGAAGAUGUUAAAGUUGGUAUGGUCGCAGUAUUUGACCAUAAUGGUGUGGAGGACUCCGCUAAGAGGGCUACAAAUCUUCUUAAAAAUUAUUUUUUAGUUCACACAUACUUUCUUCGUGAUGAGACGUAUGCAUUUAACAAAUUGAUGGGACCGUUAUCUUACAAGGAGGACCAUGAUAUGGUAUUUCCAGAGCUAAACCAAGUUAAUAAAGUAGACCAACUUAUUAGAAGGAUAUUCUUUGUGAAAUCUUUGAGUGCAAUACAUGCUCCAGCUCAGCCCCUGCCCCCCUCCAGUAUUUGCUCCUGUUAUGCCAAUGAGUUCUAG